GAUGAGACGUAAAAGGGCUCCGCGUCGGCUAGAAGUACUUACUUUCCCGUUUGCCAGCACGAAAUAUAUGUUUGUGUUUUUUUUUCCGCUCUUGGUGAUGCAACAGAUUCAGAUUCCCUGAGGGUCGUGGUACUCAAGAAAAGCGGCGAUUGAAAGAGCAGGUCAGCUCGGCUCUUCGCAGCCGUUGACAUCUUCUACAAUGUUUGGGCGUCUUGUUUGUCGUGCGGGCGGUCAGCUAGCUACGCAAAACAGAGCUUCCCAUUCUUCUGCGGCCGCCACUGCAAGGCGCUGUUUCGCUUCUGAAGCUCGGAAGCAUGAGGACUUGUCGUUGGCGGGAAGGUAUUCCGGCGCGCUACUGGACGCCUCGAAGAAGAAGAAUGUCUUAGACAAGGUAUCCAUCGCACAGCACCGUUGUAGUUGCGCCUUCUGCGACUCGUCCUUCUGAUUCAAGCAAAUUCUUUGGAUUUCCAUAUGUUGCAUCAAAGGUUGCUCUGUCUCGUGAAACUGCACCAGUUUUGUUUCGGUACUAGUCGUGCAGGUGUUGACAACGACAAGGAACAGCCUGAGCCUAUCUAUCACUUCGCUACAACCCUGAGGCAGGAAAUAAAUCACAUCCCAGGUGUUCACGGAUCUUUCUCACGUCCGAUCGUGCUACGAGGAGAGCAAGGACUUUGCGCUCUUCGUAGAGAGUCCCGCCAUCCAGCCCGCAAAGAAGCAGGAGGUGUUUCAGGCCAUGAGCGAGAAAUACGGCUACGAUGCAAUAACCAUGAACUACCUGAAAACGCUUCUGGAAAACCGCCGGCUCGCGGACCUCAAGCGGAUGAUCGACAAUUAUGAGGUGUUUUACCGAGCGGAGAAAAACCAGCUUUUGUGCCAAGUCACCACGGUGAAAGACCUGCAACCCAAAGACAGAGAACGCGUACAGAUAUGUAUGUUUGCAGUUGUCGAACAGUAGCUUCCGUGUUCUUGUUGCGUGCUGGACAACAUCAUGUUGUAAAAACAUGUUGCCCGCCCAGUGCUUUGGUGACGCCCCAGAAACCUUUUUCCACUCAGGUCGAAGCGAUGUUGCGCAAGCGGGAGAGUGGACGCGAGCUUAUAGUUUCGUACACGACGAACAGCAGCAUUCUCGGUGGAAUCGUCGUGAAGAUGGGCGAAUCCGUCCUGGACUUCAGUGUGCAGACCAAGGUCGAUCGCCUCUGCGCAAAGCUAGCCGCGCCUGCGUAAAUGAUCUCUAGGUUCAUCACUGGGGUGGUCGUACGCCUGCGUACUGGUCGAGAGGAAUCGAUGCAGAACGGCAGAACCGGACGAACAGGGUCGUGCGUAAAUAAAGACAAAAAGACUCCACAGCUGGCUCGUCCUCCAUUCUGUCUCGCUGUGCUCCAGACAUUUGGUUUACGACGGAGAUCAGCUUCAGCAAUCCUUGGCAUGUGCUGGCCAUGUCGCGCCGAUCGUGAUGGUACAUUGUAUGAAUCGUGGCACUUCUUCUAAAGAUUGCCUCAAU